AUGGCGUCCCAGGCCACGAUAACAAUCAAAGGACCGUCCACAGCUGCCAGUAUCUCCGCUCCACGCCAGAAAAAACGCCCUGGAUCUGCGGCUGCGAGUGGACCCAGCCAAAGUGGACAGAAUGGCAGCAGCAAGAAAAAGAAAUCCACUCCGAUAGCUCCGUCCUCCACUGCUCCACCACAAGUAACAACAGUGGAGGCGGUCGCUGAUGAUGAUGCUUCAAGUUCCCUCUCAGAGUCCACAGCGAAGCCCCCACCGUUUAAAGACCCCAACUUUACGCAUUCAGGCAUUGGGGGAGCAGCAGCAGGCAAAAAGAACAGGACAUGGAAGAAUCUCAAACAGAUUUUAGCACUGGAGAAGACUCUACCAUGGAAAGUCAAUGAUCCAAACUAUUUUAACAUAGAUGCCCCUCCCUCUCUGAAGCCAGCUAAGAAAUACUCUGACAUCUCCGGACUCCCUGCCAACUACACAGACCCUCAGACAAAGUUGCGCUUCACGUCGAAAGAGGAGUUUUCGUAUAUCCGCCUGCUGCCCUCCGAUGUGGUGACCGGUUAUCUGACCCUCAGAAGGGCCACCAGCAUUGUACCGUGA